CAAAAAAAAAAUAUCAAGAGAAUUAUUAUAUCAUCAAUUAAAAAAACUUUUUGUUACAACAGGAACUGUUUUACUGGUUAUCUACAUAGAGAGGUCAGAAGAUUCUAAAAGAACAAGUAGGUGCCAGAAAUUUAUCUUUGUUUACAAACAACUCGUAAUUUCUCACACAUUAUUAAGUCGUUAAUCUUUCAGAGAAUUUAGUGAGAAUACCAGCGACCGAGACUAGAGGAGUCGCUGCGAGAGCGCUAAAAUUUUGCCCGUCUUACGUAAAAACAAUCCUGCUAAAAUUAGAAAGUUGCGCCAGCGAUCUCUUUUUCAUAUACUGAAAAAUCAACAUGGCGCUGAAAACAAUUGUUGAGUGAUAAUCGGAUUAUAAAACAGGUAUUCUGUUCGUAACAUGGAUCGCAAGAAAACCGAGUGAUGUUUCUGUGUAAAUGUAGUUUAUUAGUUUAUGUGCUAGGCCCUUCCACGUUCAGCAGAUAGCAUAGGUGCUAGGACUCAGAAAUCUGUCGCCAUGGCAGACAGUCAGGGGCAAACAGUUGAAUAUCAGUGGGCCUACUCGAUCAUGGAUUCCAGUCGUGUCUCCACUUUUUUAAUAUCCAUGUUGCUCAUAGUGUAUGGUAGUUUUCGAAGUUUAAAUAUGGAACAAGAGGCCAGAGAUAGAGCGCAUGGGUCCACAAAUUGUCUUCUGAAUCCAUCGCAAACUGUUCAAACCGAGAACAAUGUGCAAACUUUGGAUACAAUGCAUGCAUUAUGUUUGCCAUUGGGGGCUAGCAUAUCGCUUUUGGUCAUGUUCUUUUUCUUUGAUUCCAUGCAGAUGCUGUUUGCAAUUUGUACAGCAAUAAUAGCAACAGUGGCUCUGGCCUUUCUGCUCCUUCCCAUGUGUCAAUACAUCAUAAGGCCAUGUUCGGACGGCAAUAAAAUCUCGUUUGGGAUAUGUGGACGGUUCACGGCAGCUGAACUGCUUUCCUUUUCCUUGAGCGUCUUCAUUGUAUGCAUAUGGGUACUAACAGGUCACUGGUUACUAAUGGACGCUAUGGGUAUGGGCCUAUGCGUAGCAUUUAUAGCGUUCGUACGCUUGCCCAGUCUGAAGGUUUCGACGCUGCUCUUGACUGGUUUGCUUAUCUACGAUGUGUUUUGGGUAUUUUUCUCCUCGUACAUAUUCAGCGCCAACGUUAUGGUUAAGGUGGCUACUAGACCGGCUGAAAAUCCCGUGGGUCUAGUUGCACGGAAACUGCACAUUGGGGGCGUUGCCAAAGAAGCCCCCAAACUUAGUCUACCAGGAAAAUUAGUCUUUCCUAGUAUACAUAAUUCGGGACAUUUUAGUAUGUUAGGUCUUGGCGAUAUCGUGAUGCCCGGUCUGCUGCUGUGCUUCGUCCUGAGAUACGACGCGUACAAAAAGUCCCAAGGUUUGGCCCCGUCCGGUUCCAAGCUCACGUACUUCCACUGUUCGUUACUGGGCUACUUUCUGGGCCUCCUGACUGCUACAGUCAGCUCGGAAGUGUUCAAGGCGGCCCAGCCGGCGCUGCUCUAUCUCGUCCCCUUUACGCUGUUGCCAUUGUUGACUAUGGCUUAUUUAAAGGGCGACUUAAGACGUAUGUGGUCGGAACCUUUCAAAUCUUUAAGUGUGUCGAAGCAUUUACAAGAUGUGUGAUAAAAACUCAUGGUACAACUGUUAUAAAUGUAGGAAAUAGUUAUUCAUUGGAAGAGAUGAUGAUAAUAAAAAGAGCGAAUAUUAAUAGAAUAUCAGUUCCUUUACGAUCAGUACUUGCUUUCAAAGUGAACGUGGAGUUACAUUGACGUAACUAUUCUAGCUUUAAUUAUUAUUUAAACGAACAAAAAGUGUUUUAUUCUUUAUUUAUAGUAAUGUUAUUUAAAUUACAAAAUGUAUUGGAGUGUUUAAAGAGUGUUAUUGUCUAACUGCAACAUUAAAUUAUAUUAUGCAAGUGGCAAGCUUGGCUUGGUCAAA